AAGCUAGACUAUCAAGCUCUCCUCCUCAAAAAACAGAGGUCACACUCCACAUGUCAUUCUUAGAGUACAUCUUCAAUAUUUCAAGAACUCCAAUCCUAACACAAACAUAAACUUGUGUCCCUGAAAUCCACUUUUCUUUGUCCAAAACCAAAAACUCUUCCAUGAACAUAACAAAAGUCCCAAUUCUAAUCCUUUUGCCAAUCCUUCUCUUCCCACUACUACUCACAGCCCAAGCUUCCAUUCACUACUGCAAUCGAACAUGUGGCUCCAAAACUCUUCAAUACCCAUUUGGGUUCUCUCCAGGCUGCGAUAUAAGCCUAAACUGCACCAACAGCGCCAUCUAUAUAGGCAAAUUCCCAGUCCAAACCAUAGACUCUGAAAACAUAAUUAUCUCCAUAGCUGCUCAAUGCAACCGUUCCAUUCAAACCCUUCGCCAGCUCUACAGUCCCAACUACGCACCCACGUUUCGAAACGCGAUUCUCUUGCAAAAAUGCUCAGCACCCAUUUCACCUUGUGUGAUUCCAGCCACGCUCGUUCAAACCCACUUCGAGUCUCCGAGUUGUGAUGCUGAUACCAAUAAUAAUAGCACUAUUAACAGCUCGAUCAGUAGCAGCAACUACAACAUAAGCUGCUAUACAGAGAGCCACCCACGUGGUUUUAUCGACUUUGAAAACGUGACCAAGAGGAAUUGCUCGUAUUUUGUGUCGUCGAUAUUUCUCGAGUCUUUGAACAACUCGACUUCCUCGGUGUCUUUGGAGGUUCAGAUUGUUCAGCUUGGUUGGUGGCUUGAGGGGAAUUGCCAGUGUUCUGAGUACGCUAAUUGUACCUCAUCUGUACAGCUACCGGAAACCGGACGGAACGGUUCUAGGUGCAAGUGCAAAGAUGGAUUUGAAGGCGAUGGAUAUCUGGCUGGUUCCGGUUGCCGCAAAGUUUCUUCAGUGUGCAACCCAGAAAAGUACAUGUCUGGCAAAUGUGGAGGAACAACUAGAGUGGCUGUGUUAAUUGGAGGCCUUGCUGCUGGAGCUUCUUUAAUGAUCACUCUGGGUCUAAUAUGCUGUUUUGUUCGGCGGCGCUCCAAAUCAAAAGCCAGACACAGUGCAAAACGCCGUCUAUCUGAAGCUACUGGAAACUGCAGCAUUCCAAUCUAUGACUACAAAGAAAUACAAAAGGCAACAAACAGCUUCUCAGAGAAACAAAGGCUGGGAACUGGAGCCUAUGGAACAGUUUAUGCAGGAAAACUCCACAGUGAUGAGUGGGUUGCCAUCAAAAGGAUCAGACAUAAAGAUACUGACAGCAUUGAGCAAGUCAUGAAUGAGAUCAAGCUUCUUUCAUCUGUCAGCCACCCAAAUCUAGUCCGCCUCUUAGGUUGCUCUAUCGAAUACGGUGAGCAGAUCCUAGUCUAUGAAUUCAUGCCCAAUGGAACUUUAUGUCAGCAUUUACAAAGAGAGAGAGGAGAUGGACUUUCCUGGCAAGUUCGCCUUACCAUUGCUACUGAAACUGCUCAGGCCAUUGCCCAUCUUCACUCUGCUAUUAAGCCUCCAAUAUACCAUAGAGACAUCAAGUCAAGCAACAUACUCCUGGAUAAAAAUUUCCAGUCCAAAGUUGCAGACUUUGGUCUUUCUAGACUUGGUAUGACUGAAACAUCCCACAUUUCAACCGCCCCACAAGGGACUCCAGGAUACCUUGAUCCUCAAUACCAUCAGUGCUUUCAUCUGUCUGAUAAAAGCGAUGUUUAUAGCUUUGGUGUAGUUCUUGUUGAGAUCAUUUCAGCAUUGAAAGUAGUGGACUUCACGCGGCCUCAAGAUGAGGUGAACUUGGCUGCUCUUGCUAUUGACAGGAUAGGAAAGGGACAUUUAGAUGAGAUUAUAGACCCAUUCCUGGAGCCACAUAGGGAUGCUUGGACUCUUUCAUCAGUGCAUAAGGUGGCCGAGCUAGCGUUCAGAUGCCUUGCAUUUCACAGAGACAUGAGGCCAUCAAUGAUGGAAGUGGCUGCUGAAUUAGAAAGAAUCACUCUUAGUAGAUGGGAAACUUUAGAAGAAAAAUAUAGUACAGCUUCAUCAUCAGAGGUAUCUUCUAGCUCUUCUUCAUCUAACAUAAGUGAAAAACCUCUAAGCGUGAUGAUUAAGAAAGCUGGAUUGGAGAGUGGAGAACUGUUUGUGUUGCAGACAGAAGUUGGUAGCAUUAACUCAAUGGAAAGGGUUAGGGAUAAUUCACCAAUUUCUGUGCAAGACCCAUGGUUAAGUGAACAGAGCUCACCUUCAUCAAGCAGUUUGCUAAAUAAUGUAAUUCAGUGACAUUAGAGUUUUUUCUUUUUUUCUUUUUCGGGUGCUUAGUUUCAUCUUAUCUCCUGUCGAUACAGCCAAUAUAUAUAGUUUUCCAGUAUUACAGUUUUGUCAAUUCCUCAUCAUUGUACACUUGUAACUUGUAAGUAUAUGCUUGUGGGCAGUGCUUAAAGAGUUAUGUAAUGUUCUCGUUUUUACUUUUUUAUUUUU